GAAUUCUCCACGCAGUUAAAGAUCCUCUCUCUCUCUCUCUCUCUCUCUCUAUACAGAGUUAAGGAAAUUGCUCCCUGCAACUCAGAUUUCAGACUGCUCAUCCAACACAACAGACUAUUUUCUGAGAAGAGACUACUUCCAGGUUGGGAUUCGAUGGCAUCUAGUGACCACACAAACGUUUGUGGCUCACCAAAUCCUGCAUAUAAGCUAGUCAAAGACAUUGUGAUCGAUAUAAAAAACGAACCAGAAGAUCACAACACAACCAAGUAUAACAUCUACAGAGUUCCAGGCAAUCUUCGGAAUGUGAAUAAAGAUGCCUACACUCCUCAAUUGGUCUCAAUAGGACCCCUUCACUAUGGCCAAAAAAAGCUAAAUCCAAUGCAAACGCAGAAAUUACGAUACCUUAAUCUCUUCUGGGAUCGUCUCAAGAACAAUAGUGCUGAAGCUAAAAUGGAAAAAUUCAAGAAGUUCCUUGAAGAAAAAGAAGAAGCCAUACAGCUACGUUAUGCAGAAAAACUCAGGGACAAUAUCAGGAAGAAGUUGGUGGAGAUGAUGUUAUUAGAUUCUGUGUUCAUCAUGGAGCUGUUGCUGAGGAUUCAAAAGCAAAAAUCACCAGAAGAAGACAGAACAUAUUCAGAUGAUAUUAUACUGAAACAAUCAUGGCUGAAGAAGAGUAUCCAGAGAGAUUUCCUUCUGCUUGAAAACCAGAUCCCCUUGUUCAUCUUGGUGGAGCUGUACGAUAAUGUUGUUCCUGAGACUGAUAAAAUGCGUCCCACGUUUAUUGAACUUGCCCAUGACUACUUCGAAUGUUUUCAUACUUAUAAAAAAGGCGACUCUUCUUCUACUGGAGAAAGUGGUGGAAGCUCAGAUUUCAAUUGCAAGCCCUCAAAAAAUUGCAAUAUUAAUUCAGUUUCCGGUUUUCAAAAGAAGUCGUCUUCAUCAAGGUUUAAAAAGUUGCGGGAGAACUGGGAAAAUGAUCCACAGCAUUUCACUGAUCUGAUUAGGUCUUUCUACAUUUUUAAGAGUCUUCAUCCUGACGAAAAAGGGUCUCAAUUAACGACUGCAACAAAGUUGCGAGAAGCAGGAGUGAGCUUUGAGAAAGUCAUCAACAGGCCCUUACUUGACAUAAAUUUCCAGAAAAUUCGACCCUUAAGCUGGUUUCUGUGCUUGGGUUGUAUUCCAAAGUUCACUCACUUCAAAGCUCGUUUACAAAUCCCAGAAUUAAAAAUACAAGACUCAACUGAAUGUGUUCUGAGGAAUCUCAUCGCCUUCGAGCAGUGUCAUUACCCAGAUCAACCUUACAUCUGCAACUACGUCGCUUUCAUUGAUUCUCUCAUUCACACCAAAGACGAUGUGGAGUUGUUGGUUGAGAAGGAAGUCAUUGUCCAUGAACUUGGAAGCGACAAGGAAGUUGCAACAUUGGUGAAUAGUCUCUGCAAACAUGUUGUCACAGACAAGACAUGUUAUAGAGGACUUAUAGAUAGUCUGAACAAACAUUACCAGAGACAAUGGAAUCGUUCUAUGGCUGCAUUGAGGUUAGUUUACUUUAGAGAUGCUUGGAGAGCAAGCUCUACUUUGGUCGCAACGGCUGUCCUCGUAUUCACAAUCUUCAACUUCUGUCGAGUUGUUAGAUUGGUCCUCGACCUUGAAGCAGGUGGCCGGCAACCUUAAUUAGUUAUAUAAUGUAGCAUAUAGUAUCUAUAAUUUGAAUUAUAAUUAGGAAACUAAUUAAUGGGUGUGUUUUGUGAUAAAACAACGUGAAAUGAUCUUCCCCUUGGGUCAAGUUUGGUUGCAAAGUCGUCUUCUUGCUCGUGUUUUGUUCAGUGUUUGGCGAAUCUUAGUAAUGCGUGUAUUAUUUGUGGAUGUGUUGUAAGACUUAGCCAUCAUCUAUCUGUGUAAUUUAUAAAUAAAGCAUUCAUGGUGCCACUUUAUUUCUAGGAAA